CUUUAACAAAUUCAGUAAUUACGCUGUACGUAAAUAAGAGGAAAGACCGUGGUUGGACUUGUUUGUUUAUGACUGGUAUCGGUAUCUGUAAGAGCUAUCGAUUUCAGCACUGCUGAAAUGUUUUUGUCAUCCCGGCCAUUAGGAGGCGCAAGAACAAAUCAUUCCGGCAGAAACAGCUGAGCUCCGACCCUCUCUAUCUGCACUGUUGCUACAUUGCAUGCUGGGAUGAGUAGUGGCUUACCCUGGCAACGGAAACAGCCGGUUGCACAUCAUUACUGUAUCAUAAAAUAUAGAAUACUGUACAGUGAGAUCGUUGAAUUCAUAGAAACAAACAUUGCAAAUCGUCGAAUUUAGAAAAAUUGAAAACACGAUGCAAACGGAAGACGCACGGUAUUUAAAAAGAAAAGUAAAGGGAGGAAACAUUGAUGUCCAUCCAACUGAGAAAGCCCUUAUUGUCCAGUAUGAGGUGGAAGCUACUAUUUUGGGUGAGAUGGGAGACCCCAUGCUAGGAGAACGGAAAGAGUGCCAGAAAAUUAUUCGCCUCAAGAGCCUGAAUGCCAAUACGGAUAUAGCCUCUCUAGCACGAAAAGUAGUCGAAGAGUGUAAACUGAUCCAUCCUUCCAAGUUGGCUGAAGUGGAGCAGCUUCUGUACUACCUGCAGAAUCGAAGACACACCCCCAGUGGCAGAGAAAAGAAAGAGAAGAAACCAAGCAAACCGAAAGAUCCACCUCCCUUUGAGGGGAUGGAGAUUGACGAGGUGGCCAACAUCAACGACAUAGAUGAUUAUGUUGAACUGUUGUAUGAGGACAUCCCCGAAAAAGUCAGAGGCUCAGCCCUCAUCCUCCAGCUUGCUCGCAACCCUGACAAUCUGGAGGAACUGCUGCAGAACGAAACUGCACUGGGAGCUCUAGCCAGAGUCCUGAGAGAAGACUGGAAACAAAGUGUAGAACUUGCCACCACCAUCAUCUAUAUCUUCUUUUGUUUCUCCAGCUUUUCACAGUUCCACGGUCUCAUCACUCAUUACAAAAUCGGUGCCCUCUGUAUGAACAUCAUCGAGCAUGAGCUGAAAAGGUAUGACUUGUGGCAGGAGGAGCUGCUGAAAAAGAAGAAGGCUUGUGAAGAUGAUUCUGACAACCAGAAUCUGAAGAAAGAAUAUGAAAAAGCAUACAAGAAGUACCAAGGUCUUGUGAUGAAACAAGAGCAGCUGUUAAGAGUUGCGUUGUACUUGCUUUUGAAUCUCGCUGAAGACACACGCACAGAACUAAAGAUGAGGAAUAAGAACAUUGUCCACAUGCUUGUCAAAACGCUGGAAAGAGAUAAUUUUGAGCUCCUCAUCCUGGUGAUGUCUUUCUUGAAGAAACUCAGUAUCUUCAUGGAGAACAAAAAUGAUAUGGCGGAGAUGGAUAUCAUUGAGAAACUGGCCAAACUGGUUCCAUGCGAGCAUGAGGAUCUGCUGAACAUCACGCUGCGCCUCCUUCUCAACCUCUCCUUUGACACGGGGCUUCGCAACAAGAUGGUGCAAGUGGGGCUGCUGCCAAAACUCACUACGCUCAUAUGUAAUGAAAACCACAAGCAGAUAGCAAUGUGCAUCCUUUACCACAUAAGUAUGGAUGAUAGGUUCAAAUCCAUGUUUGCUUAUACCGACUGCAUUCCCCAGCUGAUGAAGAUGUUGUUUGAAUGUGCCGAAGAGCGAAUGGAAGCAGAACUAAUUUCAUUUUGUAUUAACCUGGCAGCCAACAAGAGAAAUGCACAGCUGAUCUGUGAAGGCAAUGGUUUGAAGAUGCUAAUGAAAAGGGCACUGAAGUUAAAAGAUCCACUUCUGAUGAAAAUGAUCAGAAAUAUCUCUCAGCAUGAUGGUCCCACUAAGAAUUUGUUUAUUGACUAUGUGGGUGACCUGGCAGCACAGAUUAGUCCAGAUGAAGAGGAGGAAUUUGUGAUUGAAUGCCUGGGGACUUUGGCUAACCUGACCAUCCCAGACUUGGACUGGGAGCUGGUGCUGAAGGAGUACAACCUGGUUCCCUAUCUGAAGGACCGCCUCAAACCUGGCUCUGCAGAGGAUGACCUGAUCCUAGAGGUGGUGAUAAUGAUUGGGACAGUUUCAAUGGAUGACUCUUGUGCAGCUAUGCUAGCAAAAUCUGGAAUCAUUCCAGCACUCAUUGAACUGCUUAAUGCGGAACAGGAAGAUGAUGAAUUUGUUUGUCAGAUUGUCUACGUUUUCUACCAGAUGGUGUUUCAUCAGGCAACCAGAGACGUUAUCAUAAAAGAAACCCAAGCUCCAGCCUAUCUCAUUGACCUGAUGCACGACAAGAAUGCAGAAAUAAGAAAAGUCUGUGAUAACACACUGGACAUCAUUGCGGAGUAUGAUGAGGAGUGGGCCAAGAAAAUUCAGAGUGAGAAAUUCCGCUGGCACAACUCCCAGUGGCUGGAAAUGGUGGAAAACCGACAGAUGGAUGAAGCUGAGCCCUUCAUGUACGGAGAUGAUGGCAUUGAGCCUUUCAUCCAUGAGAACGACAUCUUGGAGAGGCCUGAUCUUUUCUACAGUGCUGAUGGAAUAAUUCCUUCUGAUGGUGUAAUCAGCCCUGAAUUCUUCAAUGACUUUCACGUACAGAAUGGAGACAUGGUGGGACAGCAUCCCUUCACGAGCAGUGCGGGUGUGGAUGGAUUUGGCCAGACAGCCGCUGUUCCAGGGCGCCCUGCUACAGCAUACGGAUAUCGUCCAGAUGAGCAAUUUUACUAUGGAUACGGGUCCAGAUAAAUUGAGUGGACACUGUACAGCUGCAUGAACGUUUUUCACUUUGCUACACUAAUAAUAACCUGAUCUCAGACACCUACAGAUCUGAUACACUAAGUCAGUGGUUCCCAAAUAAAGGACAUUCCAAUAUUUUCCCUUCAAGGAUGUUAUCCUUUCCAGUGAUAUUUCAACCAUAUCAUUGGUUGAUAGCUGAACCAUUGGCCUGAUAAGAAAGCUGGAAACUGGAAAGAUUAUCUGCUGGGAACCAGUGCAUUUCUAAUUGCAUUGCUAAUAGGUGUUAUUGUGGUAUAUUUAUUAAAUGAUUCAUAAUGCUUGUAUGUUUAAGCGUAUAUGUUUGUUAAAAAUGGUAAAGGCAUAGAAACAGUAUAGGACAAUGCUAAAAGAAAAGUACAUUGUCCUUUAGAAACUCCAUGAAAAAGUAUUUUUGUCAAUAAAUGAAUCUUAAUUUGCUUUUAGUCAUUGUAUCUUCAGAUGGUAAUUGGUAACUCUGCUUAUCAUACAGCAUUUAAAUAACAUUCAUCAAAAUAGGAAAAAUAGAUUUUGCUUAAAAAGUAUUUUGGUGGCACUUUCCAUUUGACACUAGGCUUAACCCAGCAUUUCUGCAUGAAGUGUGCUUGUAAGAUUUUUAAAUUCUGUUAUACGUGUAAAUUGUGAUAACACUGUGUAGCAAUUCUUCCCCAGUGUGACCAUCUGUCAUGAAUGUUUUUUUCUCAGAAUUACAAAGUUUAACUGUGAGGAGGUGAAAGGGCACUCCUUGUUUUUGGUAAGAACGGGGAACAGGCACUACAUUUUUUUACAGGACUGUGCCGUUGCUUUCAUUUUCACUUUUGUUACUGGUUAACAAGAUUGUUUACUUUUAAGAUUAUUUUUAUAUGAGUUUAACCAUUGCUGUUUAUUUGAUUUACUUGUAAGGGCUGUGUGAAAAAGUGUAUAAACAACAGUCCUUAACAUAUUUCUUUUGUAUGGACUAUUGUAUUUGUGGGUCUACAGUAGGUAUACAGUAGGUCAGUAUAUAACUUCUGAUCCCUGUGUUUUGAUAAGUUCAUUCAUUUGGAUGAGUGUGAAUAAAUUGAAUGUGCAAUA